GCAAUCACUUUCCGGAAGACGUUGUCAUACUCAACCACCUUCUCGUCGAGAGUCUUUGUCAGCGAAAUUAACGAGGCUGUCUACAGGUACACCCAGCAACAGUAUGACAGCUCGAUGUCUUUCAAUUUCGAGAGGAAGGCGUUCGAGAUCCUCGGCGCCGUCGCUUCACAGGAAAACACAACGACAACCGAAUUCGACACUGCGCUCCGCUACCUGAAGGAGCAUACCAUCGAGGUAGUCGAGACGAAGUCUCAAUCCACUGAACAGAUAUACACGGUCGGUCCGCGCAGCAAACUGAACCUUUACCGGAAGGUCUUCAACUUCGCUGGGUUGGAUCACGAAUGUGAUGCGAUGAAGACGUCCUCAAAGGUUCUCCGCGAGACAGAAGUCGUAGACGUCAUGGUCAAGGCUCGCCCAGUGGCUUUCGUUCGAGAUAUACAAGUGGGUCUUUCCUUGCGAGGUCCGAUACAAGUUCGAUCAUGCGUGGUCGGACUGCAGGUUGUGUACGGCAAUGUUGCAGCCGAAAGGCCUGAUAUGCGUGUGGUUGAAGUGAACGGAGGCAACGACGACAUCAACGCAGGCUUUGGUGGAGACUACGUCUGGCUCAAGCCAGUGUACACGUUUGACCCUGUCGAGGCUGCGUCGCGGUUUGACCUCAUCAUCCAGGGGGGCGGAUACCUCGACUGGCCAGACUUAGCCAAGGGCGCGGGUGGCCAGUACCGCUUCUUGCGCGCGGUCAACGACAACUUGUCUCCCGUGAAAAUCACGCAGCUGGUGCUACUGCGCAGCGGAGGGCACAUCGAUAAGGUGGAUGGGUGGGGGUACAACGGGAAAACAGGGGACAUUAACCGAGAACGAC